CCAGCGUCCCGCCUAGACUCCACUCGCUUAUUCUUGCCCUCUACCUCUCCCACCCGCAUCCUCGACUCGUCCUCGUUCCCCCAUCCGCUACAGCAGCCAGAAUGAGCGGCCUCAUGGGAAAGGCGGGCAAGGUGCUCUUUGAGCGCCACCUGGAGAGCUACGCACCGGCCGACCCGAUGUACGAGGAAUAUGUGGAUGCCAAGGGCAGGAAGAAGAGGAGAAGGCGCGCGAUACCCCCCGGCCUGUCCAAGCGCGAUGCGAAGAUUCUCAAGUCGGUGCAGCGCCAGGCGCACUACCUCGACAAGGGCUUCUCGAUAUGCGGCCUGCGCUUCGGGUGGACGUUCAUCAUCGGCAUCAUCCCCAUGGCCGGCGACAUCACGGACGCGGCGCUCAACUAUACCCUCGUCCUGCGCAAGGCGAAGCAGGCGGAGCUCCCCGGCUGGCUUGUGCGGCGCAUGCUCUUGAACAACGCGGUCAGCGCCGGCGUGGGUCUCGUUCCUAUCGUCGGCGACGUCGUGCUGGCGGCGUUCAAGGCGAACAGCCGGAAUGCGGCGCUGCUGGAGGAGUUCCUGCGCAUACGCGGGGAGGAGCUUCUGAAGCUGCAACAGGGCGGCGCGAGCGUGAGCCAGGCGACGAAGCCGACUGCGCCGGAGGGCAAGAAGGGAAAGGGCCAGGUCGUGCCAGGCGUGUCGAAGGCCGAUGCGGAGCAGGUGAAGCCUGGGGCUGGUGCUCCCUCGCGUCCGGCGCAGCGGGCUACGACGAGCACGGAGACGAACGUGUCGGGGAAGAGCAAGCGGAGCUUUAGGGCCUGGUUUGGCGGGGGUGGCAGCCAGAAGGACAAGAACAAGGGCAAGCAGCUGCCUCCGCCCCUUCCUCCUGUAGGCGACCGCGGCCGGUUCGUGGAGAAUCUCGAUGAUGGCCACAGAACUGCUUGAGUCACGAGGGGUGUCCUUCGAACGUACGUUUAUACCUUUCUGACUGGGUUACUGUGAUACCUUAACGGACGCUUGCUGGUUUUCCAUUCCGUUCACCUCCAUGCACGAUUAUACUGACUAUAGAUAUCGGCCCCAUAUACAUGCACUGCUAAGUACUGUAUUCCCUAUUCACCUUCGCUGUCGUUCCUCACCUGGGUAUUGAUAUCAAGAUAGUCGGCUUGGACCUAUAUAUCGUUUGUUGAUGGCCCUGUUAUAUCGCACUUUCCUUUGAGCUUCGCAAGCUCGGCUUGUUCUCUUCCUGGAUGCGUGUGUGACCCGUAGGGAGUUAUCUCUAUGAGCACUGUACCUUGGUCUUGCGGCUUCGCGCGGUCCUAAUGGUUAUUGUUCCUGAUCAGUAUCCUGCA